AUUGCUAAUGAAGAGGGGGAAAAAUUACAAUUUAUUUGAUUCGAGAAUUGGUUUUCGGUAUUUUGAUGUGGAGGAUGAAAUUUUUUGGACUGACGAUGAGGCAGUGACGCGAAAACUUGAGGAAGUUGUUGAGAAAUUACGAGAGGAAUUAUAUCAAUUCGAGAGAAGGAUAAGGGAACGAAUUAAUGAUAAUGGUAAUUUGUCUGCGGAGGAGAAUUCAGAUUUUGGUUGCAGAACAUUUACGAAGUCGGGACGUGAAAGCUCAUUCACCAGUUGGUCAGACUCUUCAAAGAACUCUUUUCUGUCCAGUGGAAAGGAUUUCGACAUGAAUAUCUCCAGCCCUACUGCACUCUCAAUUUUCACAGAUUCAGAUUAAGAAAAAUCCAUCCCAUGUAAAAAGAUAUUUAACAUAACGAAAGUUUUAUUUUUA